CCAUGCGUUCACGUGACUCUAGCUCGGUGCACACUUCUACGUUUUGCCAAAGGAUACUAAGAAGACUACUAUUGAGGAACGAUUCUUCAUGGCUUCUGUUGCGGCACCAUGUUUUGUUUCAACCACAGAGACAACUAAUUACGCUCGGCUAUGCAGGCUUCUGGCGGAUGUCAGUACACAUGUCCUGAGAGAGACAUUUGAGAAGAAGCGUCCAAAGGGAAGUUUGGACACGGUAUUAUCAAGUCACCCUGUUCAUGCCGUACUACAAUUACUCAGGAGAAAAAAAGUGCUUAAUCCAUCACAAUGGGGAAAACUAUACCCUGCCAUCAAAUCUUCAGUUUCAUCUCAGCAUUUCGACAUUACCUUAUUGAUGGUUUUACUGAGGAACAUUUGUAGUCUUGUUCCUCCAGUCACCGGCUGGGAUGCACUUCCUCCUGCAGCAGACACAACCCUUGAGGCAGACAUUGCGCGCAUCAAGUAUUUCAGAAACACAGUUUAUGGUCAUGCCAGCGAGGCGUUAGUUGAUGAUGCAACAUUCAAUCAAUACUGGAAAGACAUCCAAGAAGCAAUAGUCAGACUGGGAGGAGCUGGUUACCAAAGUGCUAUUGAUGAUCUGAAAAGGGAAUGCAUGGACCCUGAUUUCGAAGAACACUACAGAGAGCUUCUUAAACAGUGGGUGAUGGAUGAAAAAAGCGUCAAGGAAAGAUUGGAUGAAAUCAGAGGAGAUCUGCACGUGCUAAGACAAUCACUCUCCCGCGUCGGCAUCAAGGAGAAAUUGGAUGAGAUUGUUGGCAAACUGGAUGCAUGGAAAGACGCCAUGGUCCCUAAACGUGAAAAGAAAAUAGGAAUUGAAGUUGUGGAGGCAUACAGAAACGCUUCAAAAGAAGCUAUAAAAAGCCAAACUGAGUUCCACCCUCUAACUUCUGCCACCUUCUCAAGAGUAAAAACAGAUCACAUAUUCCCAACUCUACACAUACAACAUGGCAGAAAACCAGCUGACUACCUUGAUACGAGAAGAAGAGAACACCUUUGCCAUUUCGCCCAUCAGAAAAAAUUCUUUGAUAAGGGAAGAAAAGAAAUACUUCAAAAUUUCAGCAGAAAGCCAGUUAAAUACCCUGGUAUGAGAGGAAAUGAAAACCUUCGCCAUUACGGCAGGGAACCGUUUGAAUACCUUGGUAUGAGACGCAAAGAACACCUUCGCCAGUACGGUCAAGUAAGUGGAGAGCCAGUGAAACACUGUGAAGAAAUUAUUUUCUUUACUGAUACCGAUAGAGAUGAAGAAACGAAUCCCAAAUUUGUUCUUGUCGCUGGGAGGGCAGGAAUUGGUAAGAAAAAGUUUUGCCAAAAGUUAAUUGGAGACUGGGCAGACAACAAAUUGUUUCAAGCUCAAACAAUUCUGAUUUCUGAUGUCAAACAAGUCCUCGCAUUCCCGAUUACACGUUUGCGUCCUUGCUAACUUUCUGUCAGUUGAAUUUACUUGGAGAGGACCAAGUCUCGUUGCGAGAAAACCUUAAUCGAUCAUCAGUGUUAGAUGCCCUCUUAAAUAUCGACGAAACUAUAUUUGAGUAUAUAGUUGAUCAUCCUGAAGAAGUUUCAUGUAAUUUACUUUACCUAUAUCAUUACAUUCAGUAGUUUUCUAUCUAACAGUAACUUUUUAACAGGUAACUCUAGUUUUUAAUCAUGCGUGGUGCCGUACAAACUGAACAUAACAUGCAGAGGCUAAAAUAUCUUCGCCACAGAGCGUAAUAAAAAUUGACGGAAGACAAUACAGUGUUUAUCAUUAGUGAUCCAAAUGUCUUUCUAUAGAGGUGAGGUUUUUCCGUCGUAUACUUUGAAAUGGCUGAUAAUACUUACUAGCUAGAACAGAUUUAUCUUUCAUUUCCAGACCAUCGCUGUUGUUUAAUCCUUUUUUAGAUAAAUGUUUGAAUACACCUUUUUUAACGGUGCCGAUGCUGUGACCAUGUUUAGUUCUAAAAGUUUUUCAGAUGUAGCACAGAUUGCAUUGCUUUGUUUUUUCGGCUACAAGUCACGAGACAAGUGCGGUUAAUGGGCAUGAAUCCAGUGGAAAGAAUGCACACUCCGUUAAGCAGUUACGUAGAACAUUGUCAGAUUGCUUCACUAUUCGCGAACCUUUUUGGUGUCAAAGUUUCAAAGAUAAAAAAUAUAUCUCACAGUUAUUGUUAUAAUCACUGGUCUACAAUAGUUUCUGCGCCUCUGGAUAAUUUUCGGUUGGCAGACGUUUGGUUUUCAACAAUUUUCAUUUUUCAGAUGUAUGGUUUUGACAGCAUGACAUCUGACCGCUUUUCAAAUCCCCCCCAGGUUUUAGUUGUUUUUAAGUUUUAAUUUUAAAUAAAGAGCAGGAUUAAAUUGCAGCUCAAGAGAAUAACAUUGAGUCAAUGCUUUGAUGACAGAUAAUUUUUGAGAUAAUGUGCCUGAAUAAAGGCUCGGUGUAUUUUAUAACACAUACAAAACAUAACUUGUAAUGAUUCAAGAAUGCCGAUAAAAAUUACAAUGAUGAGCAAAAGCAAGGCUCCACUUGCAACCCAAUCUUGUGCACAACUUUGCCCAGUUGCUGGUGGCCUGUUAUAAAUUUAGGAUAAUGAACAUCUUUUUGGCUUGGCCAACCAAUAUUUUCAAUUUCACUCUUUAAUCUUCUUAACACCAUUUACACAACCAACAUUCCCAAAGAGCCUGUGGACUCGGCAUGGACCAACCAUGGUUGUUUUAGUGUACCUGUGAAUAUUAUAAAAAAAAACUAUGCCAUCUAAUAGAGUUUUACAAUUACCAGAUGUCCUCAUCAUAACUCUAUCCUAACUCCAUCAUGCUUUCUACCCUUUAUACAUCCCACUGCCAGAAGUACUUCAUGAUAAUCUUGCUUAUCAGUCAAUUGAUAGCCUUGGUGAUGGGGCAGAGCUGGCUUGAUGCAUACUAAAAAAAAA